GACUAGCACAAUUAUUACAGCCUCUCGCAAGACCUGUGGCCGUGCUAUACGCACAAACUCAUUUAUUUGCAUCGCUGCGAUUGUGUGCCGACGCGCGGUGCACAACUCUCGCUUGCAGCUGUGUUUGCUGCAGUCCCAGCAGCACUCACCGCGGCGACACCGCAGCAUGCUCACCGCCCGCCGCCUCUUAACGCUAACGGCGACGGGCGCGCGCGCGCUCUCCGCGGUCACGAAACUGAGCACAAAUAACUGCUUCGGCGGCCAGUGGCGCCGCUUCCAGUUCGAUUCGUCGACGACGGGCACGCCCAUGGUCUUUUCGGUGUUCGUGCCGCCGGUCCAGAAGGCGCCGUGCCUCUUUUAUCUCUCGGGAUUGACGUGCACAGAUGAAAACUUCGUGCAAAAGGCGGGCGCGGCUCGGAGAGCGGCCGAGCUGGGAAUCGCGCUGGUGGCGCCGGACACGUCGCCUCGACUCCCGGAGGACCGGAGGCUGCCCGGCGAAGACGACAGCUAUGAUUUCGGCAGUGGAGCCGGCUUCUACGUCGACGCCACGAAUUACCCCUGGAGCCAGUACUACAAUAUGUACUCCUUCGUCACCCAAGAACUGCCCGAGGCGGUCAUGGUGGCCUGCCCGGAGGUCGACGUGCAGACGCGGUCCAUCACAGGGCAUUCGAUGGGCGGCCACGGCGCAUUGACGAUAGGCCUGAAGCAGCCGGCCGUCUGGCGGAGCGUUUCCGCGUUCUCGCCGAUCUGCAACCCGACGAAGGUGCCCUGGGGUCCGCGGCGGCGCGACACUCAACCGGUACGCCAGGCGCGGUCGGUGACAGGUUCGAUUCACACAGGCCAGAAGGCCUUCGAGGGAUACCUCGGGUCCGUCGACGCCGGCCUCGAGCACGAUGCCUGCGAGCUCGUGAAGAAGGGGCCGCGAAGCGACGCCAUAUUAGUAUCCCAAGGCGCGGACGACGACUUCCUGGUGGGUGAUACCAAUCAGCUUCAGCCGGAGGCCUUCCGAAGCGCGUGCGACGGCGUGGGACAGGAGCUGGAUCUGCGCUACGAGGCGGGCUACGACCACUCGUACUUCUUCAUCCAGUCGUUUAUCGACGAACAUCUCGACUUUCACGCGUCGAGGCUCAAGUAAACAUAUAAAC